AUGAACAAUAAUACUGAUUUCAUAGAGUAUCCAUUUUCAAAAUAAUAUAGUAAGACUUAUGAAACAAUUACUAUUGAUAGAAAAAUAUACAAAAUAUUUAAACCACCAAUAGGUUGUGGAUAAGAAGGUAUUGUCUAUUAGGGGUAAGAUGUAUAAACCAACGAAAUUGUGGCUAUUAAAGAAUAUAAAUAAAUAGAACAAAAUGAGUUAAAAGCCCUUCAAGCAAUUUAGAGAAAUAACUAAACUCAUAUUAUUAAAAUAAUAGGAGUGGAUAAAUAAUAAAAUGGUUAACCAAUUGUUGUUAUGGAUUUUGUUCAUGGAGAGUUCUAUUAAUUUAUGUUAACCUAAAAAUAUCAAAAUCUGAGUUAUGAAGAAAAAAAUGGCUUUUUUUUUUAAAUGAUGAAGGGUGUUGAACAACUUCAUUAAUUAGGAUUCUUUCAUAGAGAUGUGAAACCUGAAAAUUUUGUAUACAUUAAUGGUCCAACUAAUGAAAUGACUAUUAAACUUAUAGAUUUUGGAUUAGUUAAAGAAAAUAAAGAAAACAGUGCUUAUACUAAUAUAAACGGAACACCAUUCUACAUGGCUCCAGAAGUGUCUGAAGAAGGAAAUAGACUUUUUAAUAAACCAAAUGCGCGUAGACAAAAUACUUCUUAUGAUAAAUCAAUUGAUAUAUGCUCUUUGGGAGCUAUUUGGUAUGAGCUGUUAACUUAAGAUACAUUCUUUUAAGGUAAUUCUCAAGAGGAAAUUUUUGAUAAAAUUCAAACCAUUAAAUAAGAAGAUAUCAACAGAUAAAUCGAAAACAAUAACAAUAUUAAAGCUAAAGAAAAGCAUUUUAUGAAAUAAAUGCUUUAGAUAAUUCCAUCAUAAAGAUUAUAAUUAAAAGAAAUAUUGGAAUUUUAUGGAACUUAAUAGAAAAUGGAAUAUUAGUAGGAAUAGAUUUAUGAUGGGAUGAAACAAUAUAAAGAUGAGGAGUUGAAAUAAAAAUUGAAAAGAAAAGAAAUUUAAGAAUUAAAAGAUUUAAAAUAAUUUUUACUUUACUAAUUAGAAAAUAUCUAAAGUACUAAUAAGAUUAUUGUUAAAAAUCUUACUGAUAAAUUAAACAUAAUAAAUGAAAUAAAUUCAUAAGAUAGAAAAAAAUAAGAAUUGUUAAAUUACAUCAAUGAUGAGUUAUAGAAACAUAAAGAGAUUAUCCUAAAAACUGAAUAAAGAUUAAAUUUAAUAUAAUAUGAAUAGACAAUAGAGAAAUUUAAGGAAUAUAAUGAACUAAUUCAAGAAAAUGAAUAAUAUUAAAAUUAUCAAAUGAUUAUAUUUUAAAAAAUAGUAUAAGAAUAAGAUUUACUGGAAAAGUAAGUAAAAGAUUAAGAAUAGCUUGAUGAUUAAAGUAAAUAAUAAGAAUUGUUAACGGAAUUAGAGUAGAAAUUGCAAAAAGAAAAAUAAUAAUAUUAAUCUUAAUUAAAAAUUUAAUAAAUUUAAGAAGGAAUUAUCUUUUAUCAAACAAUUUAAAUUUAGAUAGAAGAGAAGAUUCAAGAUGUGAUUAAAUCUCAUUAACAAAUACCAUAAGAUAUCUAAACUGUAAAAUUUUAAGAGAAAACAAUUUAGUAAUAUGAAUCAUUACAAUAAUAAAUUGCAAUUUAUUAAUCAUGUAAUAGCAAGUUUGAAGAAAUUUAAUAAGCUUAAAAUAGACUAAAAGCUUAGAUUGAAGAGGCAAAUAAAUGUAUUUUAAAAAUGGAUAAAGAAUAUUUACAUAAACAUCAGUAAUAAAUUGAGGAAUCAAACAAAAAAUUGAUUGAUUAUUAGUAAAAAUAUCAGUAUUUCUCCACAAAUUAAAAAUAUGCAAAUUAAAUUACUUAAAUAAUCAAUCAGAUAGGACAAACUUUUGAUUACUUAGAUAAUCUAAAAUAAUUGAUAUCUUAAAGAACAUUGCCAUCUUAUUAACAAUACACUCAGAUACAUUCAUAGAUUCAACAAUCAUUAAAGAGCUUUGAAAAAUAUCAUACUUAAUUGCAUUAGCAAAUUUACGAUGAUUAACAAAUUGAGUUAAAAAAUCAAGAAAGAAUUAAAACAAUAAAGAUUACAGAAUAUUAAUUGGAUUAAUUCAAUUAAAAAAUGAAUCAAUUUAAAGACUAAUUGAAAAACCUUAUAAAAAAUGAAUAUUGUAAUAAUGAAAAAUCGUAGAAUUUAAUAAAUACAAGAUUAUCAAAGAUUGAUUAAAAUACAAUGUAAUAAUAAGAACUAUUUGUUAAAUUAUCUUAAUUGAAUUAAUUAGAAUCCUGUGAUGUUGUUAAUAGAUAAAUAAAAUAAUUGGAAGAAUUUUAGGGAAAUUUAAAGGAAGUAGAAGUAAAUGAAAUUGAAUAUAUUAACCAAUUAGAGUUAAUAAUUAAAAAUGUAGGAGAAGAAAACAAAAGUCAAUAAGAAAAAGAUAUUCUUACUUUAAAUAAUUAAUUAUAAACUAGGUAUAGUAAAUAUCAAAAAGCUCUGUAAUCUAUUUAAUUUUAAUUUUAAAGUGUUGAAUUUUAUUAAUAAAUGAAUCAAAACAAAGAAAAUCUCUAAAAAGAAUUGAAAUAUGAAAUAAAAAUAUUGGAAGAGAAUCCAUAGAUUUGUGAUCAAAAUAUGCAAUUAUUUGAAGAAAAAAAAAUAAGUCGUGGGAUUAAAAAUGUAUCUCAAAAAUAAUAAGAAGUAAAUUUUAGAAAAAAUGGAUGA